AUGAGCUCUUUUCUCAUGGGUUAUCCGCAUGCUCCACAUCAUGUUCAAAGUCCCAUGUCCAUGGGCAAUGGUUUGGACCCAAAGUUUCCUCCGGUGGCCGAUGACUAUCAUCACUACAAUGGACACUAUUCAAUGACCGCUUCUACGGGCCACAUGAGUGGUGCCGUCGGCGGCGGUGCAGGUGUUGGGUCUGUCGGAGGUGGUGGAGCUGUUGGGAUGACGGGUCAUCCGCAUUCCAUGCACCCGGCGGACAUGGUCAGCGACUAUAUGGCGCAUCACCACAAUCCUCACAGCCACUCCCACUCGCACACCCACUCACUACCGCACCACCAUAGCAACAGUGCGAUAUCAGGGCACCACCAGGCAUCCGCCAGCGGAUACAGUUCCAAUUAUACCAAUGCCACUCCGCCCUCACAUCCGCACUCGCAUCCGCACGCCCAUCCGCACCAGAGCCUCGGCUAUUACGUGCACCACGCCCCCGAGUUCAUACCCGCAGGAGCGGUGCACUCCGACCCCACGAACGGGUACGGUCCGACGGCAAACGUUCCAAAUACGAGCAAUGGCGGUGGUGGCGGAGGCAGUGGCGGAGUGCUCGGGGGUGGCGCAGUGGGUGGAUCGGCAAAUGGAUACUACGGCGGGUACAGUGGGGGCUAUGGGACGGCGAACGGAAGUGUGGGCAGCACCCACUCCCAAGGACACUCGCCGCACUCCCAGAUGAUGGAUCUGCCGCUUCAGUGCAGCUCCACGGAACCACCGACGAACACGGCGCUGGGACUGCAGGAAUUAGGCCUAAAACUAGAAAAACGCAUAGAAGAAGCUGUACCUGCCGGGCAACAACUGCAAGAGCUGGGAAUGCGAUUGCGGUGUGAUGAUAUGGGAUCCGAAAACGACGAUAUGUCAGAGGAGGAUCGGCUCAUGCUGGAUCGGUCUCCAGACGAACUGGGCUCCAACGACAACGACGACGACCUCGGGGACUCAGACAGCGAUGAGGAUCUGAUGGCGGAGACGACCGAUGGAGAACGGAUCAUCUACCCCUGGAUGAAAAAGAUCCAUGUGGCGGGAGUGGCGAACGGGUCUUAUCAGCCGGGAAUGGAGCCAAAACGCCAACGAACCGCCUACACACGCCACCAGAUCCUGGAGCUGGAAAAGGAGUUCCACUACAACCGCUACCUGACGCGUCGACGGCGCAUCGAGAUCGCCCAUACGCUAGUUCUGUCGGAGCGGCAGAUCAAGAUCUGGUUCCAGAACAGGCGCAUGAAGUGGAAGAAGGACAACAAGCUGCCCAACACCAAGAACGUGCGCAAGAAGACGGUGGACGCCAACGGCAACCCAACACCGGUAGCAAAGAAACCCACCAAGCGGGCCGCCUCCAAAAAGCAGCAGCAAGCGCAGCAGCAGUCGCAGCAGCAGCAGGCGCAGCAGACUCCGGUGAUGAAUGAGUGCAUUCGUUCGGACAGUCUGGAGAGUAUCGGUGACGUCAGCUCGUCCCUGGGCAAUCCGCCCUAUAUACCGGCGGCACCUGAGACGGCCACUUCUUAUCCGGGAUCUCAGCAACACCUCAGCAACAACAACAACAAUGGCAGCGGCAAUAAUAAUAACAACAACAACCUCAAUAACAAUAACAAUCAAAUGGGGCACACGAAUCUGCACGGGCACCAUCAGCAGCAACAAUCCGAUCUCAUGACCAAUCUUCAGCUACACAUCAAGCAGGACUACGAUCUGACGGCCCUGUAGAAUCAGCAGGGAUAUCUCCAAGAUGACUUCAGCGUUGUAAACUAGCUACCCCUAUCAUUCUUUGUAGAUUUUUGUUUUUCAUUUCGAAUCAAUAACCUUGAACUUCAAGCAAGGUUAAAAACAAAUCGGAGUAUACAGUGAACGUAGUUAGUUAAGGACCGACCAUUAGGUAGACGAUUCCCAUUUUAUAAAGUUGUAAUCCCAAUUCCCCACAAGUGUUGUAUAUGAGUUUUAGUUAAGCACCCUAGGAUUCAGGUUUAAGAGUUUGUAUAAAGCCUAGAACGAUUCGUCAUAGCAGAUAAGUGGCAUAACUUAGCUUUAGAAUUGAUUAUUUGUAUAUCUAAGAUAACUAUAAAUAUUA